AUGCCCGAAAGCGUUUCGUUCGGCAUCUGGGCGGCCAUGUCUGUUUGGCUGGGUAUCUCUGUAGAUUUUCCAGCUUUCAAGGCUUCUAAUGAACCUGGUGACGCUAAACUUUGUCCCCUUAACCGUUUCCGCUAUCUGAACCAACUGGUUCGGCGUGAAGCUACACCUAUUAAAUACAACAACAAAGCGGGCCACAUCGGCUUUAAUAAAGGCAAAUGUGCUGGGUAUAUUGCCGGAGCCGGUAGUCCCAACUAUGUCGUAGUCUAUAUCUAUAUGUAUAGGUAA